AUGGACAUCCUCUCGACAUCUUCGUCACUACAUCUUCUAUCCAACACCAUCUCUAGUCCUAUGACCACCGUCAAAAUGGAAGAUCUCGAGCAGCUGAAUAUGUCUACCGCAUCCUCCCCCUCACCAUCGCCAUCCUCAUGCACGUCUGACGUCAAGCCUUCCGUAAAGAAGAGGAAGUCAUGGGGUCAACAACUCCCCGAGCCUAAGACCAACCUCCCACCGCGGAAACGAGCGAAGACAGAGGAUGAGAAGGAACAGCGACGCAUCGAGCGAGUCAAGAGAAAUCGGCUCGCUGCUCACAACUCCCGGGAACGCAAGCGACUCGAGGUCGAGAAAUUAGACACCGAGAAACAGAGACUCGAGAACGCUGUGGCCACCCUGCGUGAGCAGAUGCGACAUAAAGAUGCCCUUCUCCAAGCCUAUCAAUCAAUGCAUGGGCCACUCGUCGGCGAUGACUUCAAGUUCGCUCCAUCCCUCACUGUCUCGGACAUGGACGCGGCGUCGCCCAGUAUCAACUCCCAGCACACGUCCAUCAAUGUUGUGCCCCGACCUGCAGUGUCAGUCAGCCUCGACGGAGGGCGCCGAGGAGCCGUCGACUCGGCCAACACCUUCGGCACCCUCACUUUCGCCGACGCACUGCGUUCAAAUCAUUUUGACGGUGCUGACGACCCUUCAAUCCCUCUCGACAUGGACUUCGAUCUCUUCACUCAUCCCGACACUUCCCACGACCUCUCCCUCAAAGCGACCAUGGGCUCCUUCUUCACGGACGCGAGCGCCUCCCUUUUCGACAACAUCCAUCCCGCUUCUUCAAAUCCUCUCCUUCCUCAGCCCCACGACCCCGACCAUGUCUCCGCCUCCCUUUCUCCUGACGGCACUCCUGCUGCUCCGCUCCUCUCGCUCCCUGAUGACCCUACUCUCGAUUCCUUCUUCGACUUCACCGCUGACUCUGGCGCGCCGAACCCUGCGGCUCUCGAUGCUGCGGGCUCGCUCUGCGACGGGUCCAGCGCGAACGCUGUCGAGACAGGAAUCUGA